UGUGAGCUCACGUUACAACGGUUAGAUUUUGUGAUCAUGGACAUUGUAUUUAAAACAGCUAGUCGCCCUUAUUAUCAGUGAUCUGGCACCACAAAGAACAUAAUAUAUUUCGAAGAGCAUGUCUUCGUUGUUAUUUCAGUGUUUAGUUCCGUCCAGAAGUAAAUAUAGCGUCAUUAGCUUUUUCGAGUUGGCAACUGUGGCACGGCGGGUGUGUCAGUAGUCUAUUGCCUACCCAUUUAGAACAACCUUGUGGCAAUUCUCUCUCUUGUGAUUCAGAAUUGGUAACAUUCUAGAAUAUUACCUUAACUGAUUUAUAUAUCUGCCUUCCUGCACGGAUUGUGUAAGAACUUAUACAACAAUGGAGGGCCAGGAAGUCAGUUCGAAGGAUGAGGAACAUAAGAUGUUACCUGUCGAUGGUCCAGGCUGGUCGUACGUAAACGGGAUCCUGCACUGCGAUGGUAUGUCAUUGGAGGAUUUGCGGAUGUCCCUGAAGAGGGAUUACGGCCUCCAGGGAUCCCCAGCCUACAUCUAUUCCCACUCAGCUUUGGUCGCCAAUGUUAAGAAGUACACGGAUGCCCUGUGUCCUCUUGGAGAACGUGGGGUAUUGUCGUAUUCCCUGAAGGCCAAUAACAACUUGCGGGUGUUGGAGGCGCUGAGGCAGGCGGGCGUUAACAUGGCAACUACGGUUAGCGGGAAUGAAAUCCUAAUGGCAAUGAAGGCGGGGUUCGCUGCAACAAAUAUUAUCUAUAAUGGAACCGGUAAAAGAAGGUGGGAAGUGGAAAUGGCGAUCAAACAUGGAGUGCUGCUCAACCUCGACUCUGAAUUCGAUGCCCGGUUGAUCGCGGGGGUGGCCAGGGAGAUGGGCGUGAGGGCGAGGUGUAUCGUCCGUCUGAAUCCAGCCCUGAAUGCGGACACCCACCCAUAUCUGGCUACAGCUCUCGCUGAUUCCAAGUUCGGGGUGGAAUUUCACCAACUGGAAAGGGUGCUGCAGGCCGUGCGCACUGGCGAGAGUGGAGGCGUGGAACACGUAACCGUCGAAGGAGUGCAUAUUCACGUCGGGUCUGCAAUCUCGCGCACUCAGGUAUUCGCAGACAUGACAAGAGUCGCCGUGCGUACGCUGCGUGAGAUUCGAGAACGAGGAUGGCCGAGGGCGUCCAUCAUCAAUCUGGGAGGUGGACUCAACAUCCAGCUGUCAGGAGUACCAGGGAAGAACGAGGAGCGCCCUGCAACCCCAGAGAAACUCGUGGGUGCAAUCCUUCCUCUCCUCCCUGAGGGUUCUACGCUCUUGCUGGAACCUGGCAGAUCUCUUGUGGCAACGGCUGGUGUAUUGAUGACAGAAGUGUUAGGGAUGAAGACCAAUGGAAAGCGCAGGUUCCUCGUGGUGGAUGCUGCUAUGACUGAAGUCAUUCGCCCUGCCCUGUACGGAGCCCAUCACCCCGUGACUCACGUGACUAUACCGGCUAGUCAGGAAUGGGCUGUGAUGGAUGUCGUUGGGCCAGUGUGCGAGAGCGGAGACUUCCUCGCCCGCCGUUGCAUGCUCAGCCUAAGCCUUUCCUCUGGUGCCGCUCUCGUGGUUUGGGCAACAGGGGCGUACUGUUCCUCCAUGGCUUCCAAUUAUAACUUGCGCCCGCACGCCAUCGAGGUCAUUGUAAAGGCGCCCGACCUCUACACUGUCGUGAGGAGGCCAGAAAAUUUUGAAGACCUCAUUUCAUGUUACUUGUAGAUGGUGAUGCUUGAUUUGAAUGGUAGACGCCAUUUACAGCAGAAGGAGGCAAGGCUUAUUUCUUAAUAGCCAAUACAAAAACCGGCAUUUUAACUGAAAGACUGCUUAUGUGCCACACACACACACACACACACACACACACACACACACACACACACACACACACACACAUAUAUAUUUACAUAUAUAUGGUUGUGCCGAGGCGUCGCCCAGCCGGAGCCCCACAAAUAGGGUCAAUCUGCGGCGAGCGUGCCGUGUAGCGGCCUGGAACAUCCUCACUCUCUGAGGAUGAUCGACUGCCUUUGUUGUCAGGGGAGCUGGGGAGGCUAAGGAUUGCCAUUGCUGCUCUCUCUGAGGUGCGACGGCCUGGUAGUGGUGAGACCAGUAGUAGGGGUUAUACCUAUUACUGGUCUGGCUGUAGCAAUGGUGCACGCCUUAGGGGAGUCGCGUUGGCUAUCUCUGACCGCUUCCGUUCCUCAGUCAAGAAGGUUACCCCUGUUGAUGAGCGCAUUCUGCUUGUGAGAAUAAAGCACACUUUGGGACUCAUAUCUCUAGUGGCAAUUUACGCUUCUACUGAGGGAAGUGGGCUUGAAGGAAGAGAUGUUCUACACCAUCUAUAGUGGAUCAUUGUCCCCGGGGGACACCCUCAUGGUCUUGGGGGACUUCAAUGCAGUCACUGGCAUUGACAGGGAAGGAUACAUGCUAUGCAUCAGGCUCUGGUACUAGGAACAUCAAUAGCUCAUACCUCUUAGACUUCGCAAGAUUUAGGAGGCUGAGGAUUGCGGGCUCAUGGUACCAGAGGCUAGAUCUACACCACUGGACUUGGUAUUCCAAUACUGGCAUUGUAGCUAAUGAGAUCGACCAUAUUCUUGUGGAUACUCGCUGGAGGAUCCUUCAGAACUGGAGUUUUUUAGGAAUGCUGAGUUCUUUGCUACCGACCACAGACUUGUUGUUGCAACACUAAGGCUCUGCCUCAGAUCCAGAUGCAUCCCAAGGUCUCACCAGCAAGUGUUCCAUCUCGAGAGGCUCAAGAGUGAGGAGGUGGCUCAGGAGUAUGCAGUGGCGGUCUCAAAACGGUUUGAAGUGCUUGGCACACUACAGUACCCUACUGAACUAUGGGUUACCUUUAACAAUGUCAGCUGCCGAGGAGUGCCUUGGGGUCCGACCUCGGUGAAGGAGGCCUGUUGUCUCGGAUGAGACACUGAACACUAUAGCGAUGAGUCAUGCUGCCAGACUGUCUUACACAGGGAGUUGUCUCACUCUGCCAGGGCCUCUUUGAGAAUGGACCAAGAGAGGUAUGUUAGUGACAUCGUAGAAGAGUUGGAAGGUCAUUUUGCCCAAAAUUACCUUCGACCUGCUUUCUGAGCCCUGAGGGAAGUCCGGUCAAAGUCCAUCUCUUAACUGGGCUCGGUGAGGGCAGAGGAUGGUCGCAUUGUGUCAGAGCCGGGUGAGUAUUUUGAACAACUGUAUAGGGUAGAUCCCCCAUCAUCACAACUCCCGUUGGCUGGCACACAGCCACUAGUGGCUGAUCCACCAAUCAGUGAGACACCACCUUCCAUCGAGGAGGUGAGAAGGGUGGUCUCUAGGCUGUGUGGAAAGGCUGCUGGUGUCUUUGGGAUUGCUGUGGAGUUGUUGAAGGCAGGUGGCAAUGAUCUGUGGCUUGCAUGCAGUCCUGUCUGCCGUUUGGGAGACUAGUACCAUUCCUCCUGACUGGAAAGGGGGCCUCGCUCAUCCGCUUUUGGCACAGAUGCGUGAUCACCUUUUACAAGCACAGAGACCUGAGCAGUCUGGUUUAACACCCAAGAAGUCAACUGUAGACCGUUUCUUAGCAUUUCGUGUCCUUGUGGAACGCCGACUUGAGUCUCAAUAAGAUAUGCUUGCAGCUUAUGUUGAUCUCCAGAAGGCUCAAGAGUCUCUGAAUCCUACUGGGUCUCUGUGGGAUCCCCCCUGGGAUUAUUGGUUUGCUGUCUGGCCUGUAUAUAGAUACCGAGAAUGCUGUCAGGUGUGGGGAGAGCAUCUCUGACCCAACCCUUUUCAAUACUUGUAUGGACUGGAUACUUGGCCGUGCCGUGAACCGUAGUUCCUGUGAGGUAUCAGUUGGUAAUUUCAAGGUCACACACCUUGACUUUGCCGAUGAUGCAGUGAUUCUAGCAGAGACAUUGAAGGUCCUGGAAGUAGCUCUCGAGGCUUUGCAUGAGGAGGCGAAGCCGUUGGGACUCUCGGUCAAAUGAACCAAGACCAAGGUUCAGGAAUUUGGGGACUUAUUGGAUGUCGAUGUUCAGUCAGUGCAUGCCUGUGGCUAGAGCAUUGAGGUCUUGGAUAGCUUCACUUAUCUUGGUAGUGUAGUGCAGAGCGACAGAGAUUCCGACCGGGAAGUCACUCGACGACUCGGACUGGCCUAAGGCAUUAUGGAGUAUUUGGCGAUGUCAGUAUUUGACUAGAAGAACUAAAAUCAGGCUCUUCAGAGCACUGGUGAUCCCGGUCUAACUCAAUGGAUGUGAGACCUUGACACUGAACAGUGCUCCGAAAGCCCGUCUUGACUCCUUUGGUACUAAGUGUCUUCGCAGAAUCAUGGGGUAUACCUGGCCUGAUUCAAGACCUAUUACCAGUCUGAUACGAGAGCGCCAACUUUACGUAAUCUUAUUUUGCUGUUACUAAUGUUAAAAAAAAAUAUAAAAGUUAUAAUGUUUAUGAAAAAAAUAACACCAUCGAUUUUCAUAGCACUAGUGAAAAAUACGUUUUUCCCGCCAUUUAAAUCAGGCGCUAGCAGAGCCAUCUAUCGGCAGACAUUUCACGAAAAACAUAGAAAGUGGGCACAAUAUUUUCCCCAUUUUUUGUUCAUUUUCCCCGGCACC